AUGGUUUACACGUUGGGACAGAUCUCUUGAUACAAGUCCAUUACGGAUACGACAGAGGAGAUGAAGUACAGGAGCAGGUCUCGGAGAUUAAACGGGAUACAAGCUAGUGCUUGCCUUAUAUUGUCUAACAAUUAGAUCCCGUCGAGCAGAUUUUCCGAGGGUUCCGAUCGACCGCAGCGGAUUGCAUCGAGACAUCGACUUCGACGAACACACUUCCUCACGACCAGAGAUGCGCUCCGACGAGCACACGUUCGGCACCGACGGCGUGGAGCUGCAGUUCUUUCACGGGCACGACGUCGACGAGGACAAGGACGGCAGCACCAUGUUCGCGGACGAGGAAGCCUCGGCAGAGUCAUCAUCGGCGACGGCUCUGGACGCGGCGAAGCGGGCGGCGGUGGGAGUGGGCGCGCGGGUGCUCUUCUACCCGAAGAUGGCCUACAAGCUGGUGGCCGGCCGGCCGGCUCGGGGUAAAGCCUCGGAGGAGCCGUCGUCAUCGUCGGCGACGACUCUAGACGCGGCGAAGCACGCGGCGGUGGGCGUGGGCGCGCGGGCGCUCUUCUACCCGACGCUCGCCUACAGCCUGGCCCGGUACCGCCUCUCGUCCGAAUUCCACUGGUGGAACCUCAUCGAAGGCACCCACGUCUACCUCGGCGCCGUCCCGUUCCCGAGCGACGUGCCGCGCCUGCACGACCUGGGCGUCCGCGACGUGGUGACCCUCACCGAGCCCUACGAGCGGCUGGUGCCCAAGUCGCUGUACAUUAAACACAAGAUGGAGAACCUGGUGCUGCCAACCACGGACUACCUCUACGCGCCGUCCAAGGACGACCUCUGCCGUGCCGCGGCGUUCAUCCACAGCAGCGGGGAGCGAGGGAGAAAGACGUACGUGCACUGCAAGGCCGGGCGCGCGCGCAGCGCCACGGUGGUUAUGUGCUACCUGGUGCGGUACAAGGGGAUGACGGCGAAGGAGGCGUACGAUCACGUGCGGUGGUGCCGGCCCAGGAUGUCGCUGGCUCCGGCGCAGUGGCAGGCGGUCCAGGACUUCGAGGACUUCUACCGGCGGCCGGCCGGUGGCUCGGAGUGAAGCCAACCGCUCCAAC